AUGGCUGGAAUCUUCAGUUCUCUGUCUUCAUACUGCAUCCUGUUGGUUUUCAUUAUUGUUGCUGACCUUAGUUUAUGCACUGCUCAAAAUGAUAAGCAGGUCUAUAUUGUGUACAUGGGCUCGCUUCCUACGGGUGAAUACUCACCCACUUCUCACCACCUCAGUCUUCUUGAAGAAAUUGUCGAAGGAAGAUCUGCGGAUGGUGCGCUAGUUAGAAGCUAUAAUAGGAGUUUCAACGCAUUUGCAGCCAGACUCAGUCAUGCGGAGGUAGAGAGAAUCUCUGGCCUGAAGGAAGUGGUGUCUGUAUUCCCUAGUAGAAGAUCUCAACUUCUGACGACAAGAUCAUGGGACUUCAUGGGGUUUCCUGAAAAUGUGAAAAGGAACCCCACAGUAGAAAGUAAUAUAAUAAUUGGGGUUAUUGACUCAGGAAUCUGGCCUGAGUCAGAGAGUUUUGCUGAUAAAGGUUUUGGUCCUCCUCCUGCCAAAUGGAAGGGAACCUGUGCUGGUGGCAAGAAUUUUACUUGCAACAAUAAGAUCAUUGGAGCUCGAGUUGAAUUCACUUCAGGGGCUGAAGCUACCGCAAGGGACACUGAAGGCCAUGGUAGCCACACAGCAUCAACAGCAGCUGGCAACACAGUAUCAGGCGCGAAUUUUUACGGACUGGCUCAAGGAAAUGCCAGAGGAGCGGUUCCAUCAGCAAGGAUUGCUGUUUACAUGGCCUGUGAGGAGUUUUGUGAUGACCAUAAAAUACUUGCUGCCUUUGAUGAUGCCAUUGCUGAUGGGGUUGACAUAAUCACAAUUUCAAUAGGGAAGGAUGUCCCAUUUCCAUAUGAAAACGAUACUACUGCCAUAGGGGCCUUUCAUGCAAUGGAGAAAGGGAUACUCACUGUACAAGCAGCAGGAAACAGUGGUCCUGAUCCAUUUACUGUAUCAAGCCAUGCACCAUGGAUAAUUUCAGUUGCAGCUAGCAGCACAGAUCGUCGGAUAAUUGAUAAGACAGUUUUAGGGAAUGGACAGACCUUCGUUGGAAGCUCUGUUAAUUCUUUUGCACUAAAUGGAACAAAAAUCCCUCUGAUUUAUGGAAAAGCUGUCACGAGUAAUUGCACCGAGGAUGAUGCUUGGUCUUGCUGGAAUAAUUGUAUGAACAGUAGCUUAGUGAAGGGAAAGAUUGUCAUAUGUGAUAUGACAGAUGCAUCAGUGACAGAUGAAGCUUUUAGGGCCAGGGCCCUUGGCUCAAUUAUGUUGAAUGACACAUAUGAAGAUGUUUCCAAUGUAGUGCCCUUACCUGCAUCUAGUUUGAACCCUCAUGACAGCGAUUUGGUGAUGUCCUACUUGAAAUCUACAAAAAAUCCUCAAGCAACGAUAUUGAAAAGUGAAAUUACAGAACAUAAUACGGCUCCUGUAGUUGCUUCCUUCUCAUCACGCGGUCCAAAUAACAUUGUACCUGAGAUUUUGAAGCCGGAUAUAAGCGCCCCAGGAGUAGAAAUCUUGGCUGCGUAUUCUCCAGUUGCUUCUCCAUCAGAUAAUGCUGAUGAUAAGAGGUCUGUGAAGUAUAACGUAGUGUCUGGGACCUCCAUGUCUUGUCCACAUGUUGCUGGUGCUGCUGCUUAUGUUAAAUCAUUUCAUCCAAAUUGGUCUCCUUCAGCCAUCACAUCUGCUCUAAUGACCACUGCUUUGCCUAUGAACACUGCCAAGCAUGCAGAUGCUGAAUUUGGAUAUGGAGCAGGCCACAUAAACCCGAUAAAAGCUGUAGAUCCUGGUUUAGUGUAUGAAGCUACCAGAGACGAUUAUAUAAGAAUGCUGUGCAGUAUGAAUAAUACUCUUUUCAGUAAAUGUCCGCAGCACAUUGAAGGAUCUCCAAAGGAUCUGAAUUAUCCUUCAAUGGCAGUUCGAGUUGAAGAAAACAGGGCUUUCACAGUUAAAUUUCCAAGAACAGUCAGAAAUGUUGGACUCGCCAAGAGUUCAUACAAAUCAAACAUCACAACAGGUUCUCAGAUUAAUGUUAUGGUGGAGCCAAGCAUUCUGUCGUUCAAGUCGGUGGAUGAGAGGCAAUCAUUUGUUGUCACAGUGGCUGGGAAAGGAUUGCCAGCAAAUUCCAUGUUAUCUUCAUCACUGGUUUGGAAUGAUGGCACGCAUAGUGUGAGAAGUCCCAUUGUGGUUUACACAAUUAAACCUUCAAACUGA